AUGUUGAUAUUUGUUAUUCUUUUCGAUUUAUACUUUAUUGAAACCGUACUCACAACAUGUCAUCGGUUUUAUGCGAUAGAAACAGAUCUGAGUGAAGUUGAGGUAAAUGAUUUGGUCGGUGGUUUUGGAGGUACAGUCACUGGAAGUCUACCUCAUCAAAAUGUCUACGAAAUCAGUUACUCCGAAUGCAGUGAACACGAAUGGCCUUCAUUUGGUUUUUUAAAGCGAUCACGAAGAAGCAAUCAUGAAACGUUUCAGGAAAGCAUUAAAAGUCAUCCAAAGGUUCAAGAAAUUAAACCACUCAAGAUCCUAAACGUUCAAAAACGUUUCACCGUAUACAAUUCCGAAUUCGAUGGAAAAGUAGCUAAAACUUUAAAAAAGACUCCAUUACCAAAAGAAAUGGUGACUGAGUCUGAUGCUGAAUACAAUCGACAAUACAUCGAAUAUGCCAAAAGAAUUAGAGGUGCUGUAAAUGUAAAUGAUCCAGCAGCAUACUAUGUAUGGCAGUACCUCAAUGAUGGUAACAGUGUUAGUCCUUUGAUUGGACUUGAUAUUAAUUUAUAUCCAAUAUUCUUGGAGGAUGUCACUGGCAGAGGAACAAAUGUUGUUAUAUUAGAUGAUGGAUUGGAUACAAGUCAUCCUGAUUUACAAGCCAAUUACGAUGAGACGAUAUCUAUUAAUAUGGAUAGACCGAAAGAGAAUGGGUUAAGUCCACGUGGACCACGCAAAAUUAUUCCUGAGAAUGAUGGACAUGGGACAAGAUGUGCCGGUCUUGCUGGUGCAGUAAUUAAUAACAGCUUCUGUUCUCACGGUGUUGCUCCAAAAACUAAAUUAGGCGGUAUACGCAUAUUAACUGGACCAGUAACAGAUUUUGUAGAAGCUAGAGGUUUAGCGUAUAAAGUUGAAUCAAUCAAUAUAUUUUGUUCAUCAUGGGGACCAUCUGAUGAUGGUAUUACAAUGGAUCUACCACAUAAAUAUGCAAAAGAUUCAUUAAGUUAUGGUUUAGCAAAGGGUCGAAAUGGUUUAGGUUCAAUUUAUAUUUUUGCCUCUGGAAAUGGUGGUUUGUUCGGUGACAGUUGUGGUGCUGAUGGAUUUGCCAGUUCACCGGAUGUAAUUGCUGUUUCAGCAAUAGAUAAUCUUGGUCAAAUAACUAAGUAUUCAGAACCUUGUUCUGCAAUCCGUGUAUCAGUUCCUGUUGGUGGAUCACCUGAAAUGUCUGAUAUGAAUAUUUUGCCUACUACAAUGGAAAAUGAUAAGUGUAUGAAGAGUUUUAUGGGUACUUCAGCAGCUGCUCCAAUGUUUGCAGGAUGUCUAGCAUUGGCACUAGAAGGAAAUCCUAAAUUAACAUGGCGCGAUAUAUCACAUUUAUUACCAUGGAGUUCACGUAUUCCUAAUCCCAAUGAUAAAGGUUGGUUAGUUAAUGGUGCUGGACUAUUUCAUCAUCCAUAUAUUGGAUUUGGAACAAUUGAUUGUUAUCGUCUAGUGAAAUUAGCUAAACAAUGGAAUUUUGUCGGACCACUAUGUGUUUUAACCUACACAAAAGAAGUAUAUAGUGUACCAGACGACUGGGCUAAGUCACAGAAUAACAAGAAAACGAAUAAUUUUCAACAUUUAUUUCAAUGUGAUGACCAAUGUUCAGCAGGAAUUAUUCAUCAGUAUAAAUCAGAAUAUGCACAAAGCUGGCCACUUAAAUCUCAAUCCGAUACCAUAAUUUAUUUCAAUUUAACCGAUUUAUCUGGACUGACUCAAUAUUCAUUACCACAGAAUAUUGUAGAAAAUACUCCAUGUCAAGUAGAAAUUGUUGAACAAGCUAUUCUUCAUGUUAAAUGGAAACAUUCUUGUCGUGGAAGUUUAGAGAUGCAUUUAAUCAGUCCAUCAAAUACCGAUGCAUUAAUAUUAGGUCAACGAAAAUUAGAUACAUAUGCAGGUGAAGGAUCAAUGAUAUUUACGUCAGUGGUACAUUGGGGUGAAAUAGCUGCUGGUUUAUGGAAGUUAAAGAUUCAUGAUCAUGGACAAUGCAAACUAAAACAAUCCACUGAUGAUGAUAAUAAUGACAAUAUCAAUGGUUUCAUCACAAGUGCUCAGCUAACAAUUCGUGGAACAUCUAAAAACAAUAAUGGAUUUACUAUGAAUAAAAAUCUACUAGAACCAUUAUUAACAACAGUUGGUAAAAAUGCUUUGGCCACUCAUUCUGGACAUGAAUUACAAGCAGAAGAAAUUAAAAAAACAUUUAUAGAACAAAGAGAUUUAUCAUUUUUACUUUCUAAAUCAAUAUUUUAG